CAUUGCAGGUUAAUCAUCAUUUAGAGAAACCAAUAGUUACCUCUCUGAUCUGAAAGGAUGCUAAUACAUGUGUAGUUGUCCAGUCAGUAUGUCAUAGUUGGAUUAAUAUGCCAUGAUCAAUCAUAGCAGCAGAGAGGUCUGAGAAUAAAACAGCAUGACUGCCUUUAUCUGAGUUCAAACAGCAUUCAUCUAUUUUAGGAUUGCAGCCUCAAACACACAGCCUUUUGUGUUCUUUCUUUUCAAGGUGUGUUUUCCUGUUAGGUAGGGGGCACAACACAAAGAUAUACCUGAAAAACUUCUUGAUGGACAGGUUGAAAACUGAAUGACACUGUGUAGGUAUGUUUGACUGUGUGAGUGAGUAGGAGUGAAACAGAAAUUAAAAUCUCUAAAUGCCUCUAGGUUCUGAGUGUAUGAAUAAGAAUUCUUUGAGUUUGUGAGAGUGGGUGGAAAGUGACUGCUUUCCACUUCUCUGUUUAACUUGUUUAGGUAGAACAAAAACAGCAGUUUUAUUAGGAAAGGAGAGCAGGUUCAUCUGAGCAUACUGGACAAGCUCUAUUAGGACAUCUACUUUUUAUCUUUGUAGUUUUCCUACUCAUAUUAUCUCACACAGGUUAAUCUGUGGAGCUUUUCAUGUGUUACAAAUGGCAGUGAUGAGUGAUGAUCCAAAUAGAAGACAGCAGACAUUUUAGGGAACACAAAGACAGUAAAACUGCCAGCAUCUGAGUUCAGUUCAUUUGCAGUUUUGCACGCAGAUCACACCAAAACACAGUCUUCUCUUUCUGUUUUUUCAAGGUGCAUGCAUUUUUAAAAGUAACAAUUUGUUUUUGUUUUUUUAGCACUUUUUUGACACAGUCUUCAAACAUGUUUUCUACUGUGUUGUUUUUACAUUGCCAGUAAUUCAGUCCAAGGUCAUUUCCUCAAAUCUAUAGUAAUAGUAGUCAUAAUAAGCAAUUGCAGGUUGAUUAUUUACCACCUUUAUCUCCUUUGAUGCUACUCCUUGUUCAAUUUCCUUAUAAAAGCUGCAUCCUCAGCUCGUCUCCGAUCAAAGAACCAGGGCUCUUACUCCUGUCGUUUCUGAUUUGGACAACUGGAGGUGGAACAUCAGCAUCAACUUUUUGGGCAUUUGGAACAGACUUGACAUUCAACAUCCACACUGCACCCCGGGCUGACAUACUCUCCUGUUCUCCAUAAGAUACACACAGAAACACAUGAGAGACCCCACUGAAGAGCAUCUGCUUGACUCCAGCCAUGCAGCCCCUUCCAGCUCCAUCCCCUCUCUACUCGAUUCUCCUCCUCUUCUUGUCACAUCACUCCUCUGUUCUCUCCUGCCGGUUUGGGAACUAUAGCCAGUGUGAGUCCGCUCCCUUUGUACCAGGCCACAACCUGGUAGGGGAGGGUUUUGAUGUGGUCACCCUGCGGCGAAAAGGAGCCUACAUGGUCGACAUGAAGACCUACCUCACCCCAAGUGGCACCUGUACUCUCUGUUCCAACCCUCUUCAGGACGACCAGCUCCAGAAACUGCCAGUCUCUGCAGUGGACUGGCGAGCAUUCACCCGCUGCAAUGCUGAUAUCUACAGCAGUGUACACACCUCCGUUAGCUCACUGGUUAACACCUACACCUCUCAGGACAGUAACGACUGGAAGGUUGGUCUAAAUGUGGAAAAGUUUGUGUCUGCUGGCCUGGAGGUGGGAGGAACACGCUCCAGUGCUUAUAACUUCGCUACAGCCAGGACCAGAGAGGACCGCUACACCUUCAGCACCCACAGAGUCACCUGUAGCCAUUAUGGGUACCGUGUGUCAACCAGACCUCCCCUCAGCUCUGAGUUCAGUAAGGAUUUGACCAGGCUGCCAAGUUUCUACAACUCCUCCACCAGAGCUCAGUACAAUGAGCUUAUACACACCUAUGGCACACACUACAUCCGCCAGGUUUAUCUUGGGGGGAGACUCAGGCGAGUCACAGCUGCACGUACCUGUUUGUCCACGCUGAAUGGACUCUCCUCAAGUGAGGUCCACUCAUGCUUAUCACUGGGUGUUUCUGUGGGCCUGGGGAAGUUGAAAUUAUCAGGUAACCGACAAUCUUGCAACAAAGUCCUAGAGAAUCGGGACGUCACUACUGGGUACAGUACUGGUCUCCACCAACACUACACAGAGGUGGCGGGGGGCACGGGUUGGUUGGGAGAGUUUUCACUCACCCAUAAUGACUCUCUGGGCUACGGACAAUGGCUGCAAACCCUCAAGGAACACCCUGAUAUUAUUUCUUAUUCUCUUCGGCCAAUGUAUGAGCUGGUGCCAAAUGAGACACAGAAGGCAGGGAUGAAAGCUGCCAUAGAGCAGUACUUGGAAGACAACGCUGUGAGGACCUCACCCAGGGAACCAUCUUGUGGGUGGCACAUUCCUAACCUGGCUUCCAACUGCUGUCCUAAACAGACGUGGAGGGGGACACUGGUGGUGACUAUCAUCCGAGCCUGGAAUCUGAAAGGAGAUCUUGUGGGGAAGACUGAGAGCUAUGCUAAGAUGUGGUUCGGUUCCAUCUACCGCAGGACGCAUAUGAUCCAGUCAAACUACCCCUGGUGGAACGCUCGUUAUAAUCUGGGCAAGGUGGACACUCACCCAGGUUUGAAGGUUGAGGUCUGGGACCAGGACUUGCGCUGGGACGACCGUCUGGGAUCAUGCAUUAGGUACCCGACCCAGGGGACACACAGAUUCACCUGUUCAGCCUAUAGAGGCGGCUUUGAGGUCCAGUACACUCUGACCUGUGACUCUCAUCUGACUGGAGAGAGGUGUCAUCGCUACAAACCAUCUUCACAGUGACGUGUUUUGGGGUCCCACCAUUUAGAGACACUGCUCACUUUUCUUUAAUCAGGUGAGGUAUCAGAUCUGAAGAAGUGCCAUGAACCACAUAGGUACAGUAAAGAGUCAAAUGACUAAGGAGCUGAUAGGUUUUUCAUUUAUCAAAGGUUCAAUCAGUUACUUUUUGACCAUAUAACUUUUAAGCAAAUUCACAUACCCACUUGCUUUAACAUGAAAAAAUGUUUAGUUUUAAACAGAUUAUUAAAAUAUAUAUCAAUCAGCUGCUGUGUACUCCUAAUAAUUAGUGGAAGUAGUACUUAAAGUUCCCUAUCCUAUUUUAAAUUUGGUGGUAGGGAACUUUACAUUUGAACUGUAGAUUGUGUAGCUGGUUAACUUUCAAAAAACUGUCAAAUCAUUGUUUUGUGUGACCAUCUCAUGGGAAUAAAGACUGCCAACACAUGCUUUA